AUGAGUGAUGAUCGUGGAUAUGAAAGAGACAAACGCUCCUCCCGCGGCUCAGACAAUUUCAACAAUAGACAUAGGGAUUCAAAUGCGUACAGGGGAAACAGAUAUGGAAGUGGAUAUAGAGGAGGUAGAGACAGGCCUGGUUACAGAGUAAGAGAACCCCUCAAUGAUAGAGAACCUCCCAGAUCUAGAGACCGUUAUGACGACAGAUUCGGAGGAAGAGAAGGAAGUGGUCGUUACGGAGGUAGACGUGACGAUUACCCUAGGAGCUUCAAGGGUAGGCACAAUCCACGCGAUGACAGUAGGAGAGGUGGCUUUAAUAACGAUGCAGCAAGGGGUGAUUACGGUCCUUUGUUGGCACGUGAAUUGGAUAGUACGUAUGAAGAAAAAGUGAAUAGAAACUAUUCCAACAGUAUAUUUGUGGGUAAUUUGACAUACGACAGCACCCCGGAAGACUUAACUGAGUUCUUUUCACAAAUAGGAAAAGUGGUCCGCGCGGACAUAAUUACAUCAAGAGGUCACCACAGAGGCAUGGGUACAGUAGAGUUCACUAAUUCAGAUGAUGUUGACAAUGCCAUCCGCCAGUACGAUGGGGCCUUUUUUAUGGAUCGUAAAAUUUUUGUCAGACAAGAUAACCCACCACCUUCAAGCAAUACAAGAGAAAGAAAGGGACUCGAUAGAGGAGAGUCUAAACAAAAUCGAAAAACGUACGAAAUUAUUGUCAAAAACUUACCUACUUCCAUCAAUUGGCAAGCUUUAAAAGACAUGUUCAAGGAAUGUGGAAAUGUUGCACACGCCGAUGUAGAACUAGAUAAUGAAAAGGCCUCUACAGGAUCUGGUACCGUGUCCUUCUAUGACCCUAAAGAUCUCCAUAGAUCGAUUGAGAAAUACAAUGGAUAUGAAAUAGAGGGCAAUAUUUUAGAUGUCAAGACCAAGGAAGGCGUGGAUGAGUAUAGUAACGGGGGCGAUAUUGAUAUCCCAAUGGAAGAUUCUCCGGUAAAUGAAGAAGCCCGUAAAUUUACCGAAAAUGUAGUCGGCGGAGGCGAAAGAAAUAGCUUGAUUUACUGCAGUAAUUUGCCAUUUUCUACUGCAAAGAGUGAUCUUUAUGACCUUUUUGAGACCAUUGGAAAGGUCAAUAAUGCUGAAUUAAGGUACGACUCGAAAGGAGUGCCAACCGGAAUAUCUGUAGUUGAGUACGAUAACGUCGAAGAUGCUGACGUGUGUAUUGAAAGGUUAAACAACUACAAUUAUGGCGGUUGCGAUCUGGAUAUAUCUUAUGCUAAACGCGUUUGA